AUUAUUGCAAAUCAAAGACUUUAAUUACCCACCGAUCAUCAUCUCAAUACUUCGCCGGAGAUUUUCUCGUGCUCUCUCUCUCUCUCUCUGGUGAUCGCCGAUGGCCGUGUUUCCUAUCGGCUCUCACUUCUCUCCGCCGCACAAAUCGACGAAGAGACACGCCGUCGGUACUUCAUACCCUAUCUCCCUCUCGACCCAAAGUGUCUCCUUUUCUAAAGUAUCUGGAGUUGUAAGCUCGAGGUUGUGCAGACACAGUGUUGUCGUUAGAGCUGAGGACAAGACAAGAGACUCUUCACCACCUUCUCUGGAAGAAGAGUCGCAACCAAUCGAUGAGUCAGAGCUUAAGGAUUUGAUGGACUCGUCAUGUGAUCCUAUUUGUUCGGUUGAUGAACCUAGUUCGAGCUAUUUGGAAGCUAAUUAUCAGCCAAAGACAGAUUUAGUCAAAGCUAUUGCUGUUCUUGCAGCAGCUCUUACAGGAACAGCUGCCGUUAAUCAUUCCUGGGUCGCUGCUAAUCAGGAUGUUGCUAUGGCAUUGUUGUUUGGAAUAGGAUACGCAGGGAUAAUCUUCGAAGAGUCUUUAGCUUUUAAUAAAAGUGGAAUAGGACUUGUCAUGGCUGUUAGUCUCUGGGUUGUGCGAAGCAUAGGGGCUCCUUCAGCAGAAGUAGUUGUUUCAGAGCUUCAACAUGCAACAGCUGAGGUAAGUGAGAUUGUGUUUUUCUUACUCGGCGCAAUGACUAUUGUGGAGAUAGUUGAUGCUCACCAAGGAUUUAAGCUUGUUACAGACAAUAUCACCACUCGUAAGCCCAAGACGCUUUUAUGGGUCGUCGGCUUUGUGACUUUUUUCCUCAGUUCGAUUCUAGACAACCUGACGUCUACCAUUGUCAUGGUUUCUUUACUCAGGAAACUGGUUCCUCAAUCAGAGUACCGCAAAAUUUUAGGAGCUGUUGUGGUAAUAGCAGCAAAUGCAGGAGGAGCAUGGAGUCCAAUUGGUGAUGUUACUACAACUAUGCUAUGGAUUCAUGGUCAAAUAUCCACCUUGCCGACUAUUCAGGGCCUUUUUAUACCUUCGGCCGUUUCUCUCGCUGUUCCACUAGCCCUCAUGUCCUUGUCCAGUGAGGUAAAUGGAAAGGGACAGGAUUCAUCAGAUGUAUUGUCUUCUGAAAAGAUGGCUCCAAGAGGGCAGCUAGUUUUUGGAGUUGGCCUUGGAGCAUUAGUGUUUGUUCCAGUGUUCAAGUCUCUAACUGGAUUGCCUCCUUACAUGGGUAUCUUGUUAGGUCUUGGAGUUCUUUGGAUCUUGACAGACGCCAUUCACUAG